AGAAUGAACUUGGUGUAGUGUUGGGUAUAAAGUCUUUUUUUUUUCAGCAAAAUAAUAAAAAGCAAAAAUCAUUCAAAUAAAUAAUAAAAAUCUGUACAACAUUUCCAUUGAAACUUUCGAGCGUGAUGAACACAAAAUAAAUUUUAAAGAGAGCAAAAAAAAUUAAAAGAAAAAAAUUAAAUAAUAAAAAUAAUUUCGAGGGUGAAAAGUACAACCAAACGUUUCAUUCUUAGCUAACUUCAAAAAAACAAACAAAAUUUAAUAUAAAACAAAAAAAUGACAGCACUAUUUAAAUAGUCUAAUUCUUCCAAAUGUGAUAAAUACGUAAAAAAUAAAAAAAAAAUAAAUAAAUUUAUAUUUUUAAAUUGAAAAAAAAUAUACAUAUAUAUAUAUUUUAAAUAUGUCAUAUGAAGCUGUUGAAAACAAUUUCGAAACAGAAUACAACAAUAAAGUUCAAUUUCAUGAAAAUUCCAAUGAAUUAACAAGCAACUCAACAACAAGAACAACAACAUUAACAUUAAAAAAUUUAAAUGAUUUUGAAGGAAAAAAUCAAAUUGAUUUUCAAUCAUUAUUAUUAUAUAAUAAUCAGGAGCAAAAAAAGGAUCAAGGGAUUACAAAAAUUACUUUAAUGCCAGAAUAUGAUAUUGACAACCGAUUGAAUAGUUUAAAAGAAAAUAAAAAAUGUAUCACUUGUCUUCAAUCAUCUUUAUCAUCUUCUUCUCAAAUCAAAAACUCUCAAAAUUUUCAAUCUCAUAUUAAUGAUGAAAGUACUACUGUUGAUGAAAUUAAUAAUAAUGAACAAAAUAAAAAAAUUGUAUAUAAAAUUCCUAAAAUCAGUAUUAAUACAACAAAUACAACAACUUCAACAACUCCUACUACAAUAAAACCUGCAACAAAUGCUAAAAAACGUUGGAAUAUAUUAGCAAAAGUUUUACGUAAUGGUUCAUUAGAAGAUGAAGAUGGUUUAUCAUCAUCUGAUGAUGGUUAUAGUGGCGGUAGUAGCAGUGGUAGUGGCAAUUGUAGUGAUAUUGCAUCUGUACGACGUUUUAAAACUUUUAAUUUAUUACAUCAAGAUAGUUUUGAAGAUUAUACAAGUUUAAAUAUAAUUGGUAAACCAGAAAAUUGGUAUACAUAUAAAAUUUAUUUAAAUAAUAAUGAAUAUAUUGCAAAUAUACAUCAUGUUGAUCGACAUUUAACAGCAACUGAUUUAAUGGGUUUUAAUAAUACCGGUAAUAUAUGUGUAUGGCCAUCAGAAGAAGCUUUAACUGUAUAUACAUUAAAUGAUUUAAAUAUAUUUCGUGAUAAAUGGAUAUUAGAAUUAGGUGGUGGUAUGACAUGUUUAACUGGUAUAUUAUUAGCUAAAUAUGCUAAACCAUAUAUUGUACAUUUAACUGAUGGUAAUUGUUUAUCAAUUGAUAAUGUACGUAAAACAAUAUGCUUAAAUGAUUUAUCUUGUUAUACAAAAUGUUCUGUAUUAAAAUGGGAAAAUGUUAAAAAUCGUUUAGAAAAUGAAUAUGAAAAAUUUGAUUAUAUUUUAUCAGCUGAUUGUUUAUUUUUUGAUGAUGUUAGAAGUGCACUUGUUGAAACAAUAUGGUAUUAUUUAUCAAUAAAUGGUAUUGCAUUAGUUAUGGCACCAGAACGUGGUAAUACAAUGAAACAAUUUAUAAAUGAAUGUAAUAUUAAAGGAUUUCAAUAUCAGAAAAUUUAUCAUUAUAAUGAUAUUAUAUGGGAGAAACAUAUAAAUUUAAAGAAAACAAAUUCAUUUUAUGAUGAAGAUAUUCAUUAUCCAAUAUUAAUAAAAUUAACUAAACCAAAAUUAAUAUAAAGAAAAAAUUCUAGUUAUAUACAUACAUAGUAUGUAUGUAUCUUAAUAUGCACUCUGGAACCAAUUUAGAAAACAAAUCCGAUUUUAGAAUUAAUUGUUAAAAAUAUUAAAAUUUUUUAAAAACUAUAAAUUACAUAUUAUAUAUAUAUAGAUUUUCCGAAACCAAAGAUAUAUUGUACAUAAUAUAUAUAUAAAUUACAAUUAUUUAAACAAUUUUAUGAAAAAAGCACUAAAAAGACUAUAUACU